CCUCCACCCCUCAAGGCGAGAGCGGGUGCCUCGACUUUCUUGCUUUGCCCAGCCGUCGUCACUCGCAAUUAUGGCGUCCAAGCUUCUCGUUCUGUCCGGCGCCGAGGUCGGUGCCAUCAUAGAGAAGCACCUGCCAAUCAACAGUGUCCUCGAAAACCAGGCGAGCGUAUUCAAGGCGCUCCAUGCUCGUCUCGAAGAGAUCGACAAUCCCCUGCGGACGGCUGUCCGGGCGCCCAAUCACACGGGGCUCUUUAUGCCGAGCCGGUUAGGCCCUCACACGACAUGCAAGGUCGUCUGUGUGCCCAAUGCCGAGAGCAAACAGAGGGGUCUACCGGCCUCGACGAUGCUCCUCGACGGCGAAAGUGGACGGACGCGGGCAUUCAUCAAUGCAGCCAAGCUGACGGCUCUGCGCACGGCCGCUGGCUCGAUGCUAACCACGAGAGCGCUUGAAGCUCUGCGAAGAGAUGGAGGAAAGGGUCUGUCCCACAUCGUGCUGUUUGGGGCUGGUCAGCAGGCUGUCUUUCACGCCCUGCUCCUCGUUCAAAUCACACGACAACAGAGCGAUGCCGAGAUGCACCUCAAUUUCGUCGUGCGAAAGAGAGAAGAAGAUCUGCAGCAGGACAUCCGAAACAACUUGGAUUGGCUUCGACAUCAAGUGAAGGACCUACACGUCGCCAUCACGGUCCUCCAGACAAGCGGCGAGAGCCAGGUGGAAGCGGCUGUGCGGCAGGCCAAGGUGCUGGUCAGCGCCGUUCCCUCGACUGCGCCCCUCUUUCCGAGCUCGUGGGUGGCCAGUGGCACGCAUGUCAUCCUCAUUGGCUCCUACAAGCCCCAUAUGCAAGAAGUAGAGACUUCGCUGAUUCACCGCGCCAAGGGAGCACUUAUCGUCGAUGAUGCCGAUGCAUGUGCGCACGAGGCCGGCGACCUUAUCAAAGCCAAUGUCGAUGCCAAAGACUGCAUCUCGCUGGGCGCACUCCUCUCACAUUCAACGUUCUCAGACACUUCAAAGCCUCCAUCAAGGGAUGCUGCACUCAAAGCUCUCCAAGAGCUGGGUGGAAGCUCACGCGACCAUGACAUUUCCCUCUUCAAGAGCGUCGGCGUCGGGUUACAAGACGUAGCCAUUACCUCGCUCGUCGUCGAGACAGCCGAGACAAUGGCGGGCAUCGGCACCAGGCUUGAUUUUUGAGAUCUCUUCCCCCCCUCCUCCGUCCCUCUUUGCGCCUCGCCUCGCCUGGUCUCACUGCACCGCACCGCUUCGCUGCGUCUAUCGGCAUCGGUCUGGCUGUCCAGACCUCGCCCGCGCCCUUAUUCCCUUCAAGCCACAGCGCCAGAAUAGAAAUCACGGGCCGUAGACCAACAACUACUACUAGCUUAUUAAUGAAAUUUGGAAAUCACUAAUCUCAGAGCUC